UCUCAGAGACUCUUCAUGAUCCUGUGGCUGAAAGGGGUCGUCUUCAACGUCACCACCGUGGACCUCAAGAGGAAACCAGCUGAACUGCAGGACCUGGCUCCCGGGACAAAUCCUCCAUUCGUCACAUUCAACGGAGAGGUGAAAGUCGACGUCAACAAGAUCGAGGAGUUCCUGGAGGAGAAGCUGGUCCCCCCACGGUACCCCAGACUGGCUGUUAAGCACCCAGAGUCAAACACUGCUGGAAUCGACGUGUUUGCUAAGUUUUCUGCCUACAUUAAGAACCCUCGUAAGGAUGCAAAUGAUGGCCUGGAGAAGGCUCUGCUGAAGUCUCUGAAGCGGCUGGAUGAGUACCUGAGGUCCCCUCUGUCAUACGAGAUCGACGCAGACAGUCCUGACGACCCCGAGGAGUCCACACGCAGCUUCCUGGAUGGGCCAGAUCUCACAUUGGCCGACUGCAACCUGCUUCCCAAACUGCACAUCAUCAAGGUGGUAGCCAGGAAGUAUAGAAACUUUGAGAUCCCGGCAGAUAUGAUUGGAGUGUGGAGAUACCUGCACAAUGCAUACCAGAGAGAGGAAUUCAUCAACACCUGCCCUGCUGACCACGAGAUCGAGUUUGCUUACCUGAACGUUGCCAAAAGGAUCACAUAAGGGAAGUUACAUAA